AUGGAUUUGAGAAAUCAAGAAGAGCAGAUAAGUAAGUGGCUCGAAGAAGUGGAAGAUAAAGAUGAGGGUUCGAAUGAUUCGGCCUCAGAGACGGAGGAUAACGUGGAGGAAGCAAUACAUAUCAACACCUCUGAUUCCGAAUUCUCAAACGAAUCUUCAGAACCUGAGGAUGACAUCAUACGACCAAGUAAGAGACAAAGAACUCAAAUUGUAGACUCUGAUGACUCUUUAGAGGAUAUUCAUGAAACUAAUUCUCCUCAAACUUCAAUCCAAGGUAACCAGCGUGUUCUUCAAGUAACUCCCCGAUUCCUUUAUGGGAAAAACAAACAUAAAUGGUCGUCUGUACCUAGAUCAGCUACUACUCGUACUCUGAGACGGAACAUCGUACAUUUUAUACCAGGUCCAAGAGGAGAAGCUAGGGAAUUACAGGAACCAAUAGAUUUAUUUCGGCUUUUCAUGACUGAUGAUAUGCUGCAACAAGUUGUGACAUUUACCAAUGCAGAGAUUAUUACUCAAAGGAAUAGAUAUAAACAGGAGUCUUAUACCGUUUCACAGACUAAUUUGUUAGAAAUAAAAGCUCUCCUUGGUUUGUUACUGAUCGCCGCAGCUAUGAAGAGCAACCAUUUGCCAACUCGCAUCCUAUUCAAUCCUCAACGAUCAGGCACAAUUUUUGAAGCUUGUAUGAGUGCAGAAAGAUUCAAUUUUCUUAUUAAAUUUAGUAUCAAUGCCUAUGCUAUUUACGUCUCGAACGACUUGAGAAAUAAGAAGAAGCCGACACUACGACGCCAUUUUGUCAUGAAGAUGGGAGACCAACUUAUGGACCCUUGGCUAAGGGAGCGAUUACAAACGGUGACUUUGAGGCGUAACAUCAAGGUUAUGAUAAAAGAUAUUCUUGGUGAGUCAUCAGAACCUGAACUCCCUGUUCAUUCUGUGACCAAUGUGCGUAAAAUAUGCUACCUAUGUCCGUCAAAUGAUGAUCUAGGAUGA